AUGCUCCCCAGGUUCAACCACAUUCAAGACAAUCACAUCCAUCUUGAGAGUGACUACCAUGUCUGCCCUACAUGUGGUUCCCUCGAUGAAUGUCCCCAUGACGAAGACGGCAGCACCGUUGAGCGCGGCUGGCGGCAGCCAUUGAACGGCCAAAGCGGCAGCGACACAUAUGAGAUGGUCACCAAUGCACACGUGCAGGCUGGCGAAGAAGUAUUCAAUACAUACGGAGAGCAUUUGAGCAAUGCCGAGCUCCUGGCACGGUAUGGGUUCAUGCUCGAUAGCAACGAAAACGACAGCAUCCAAUGGUACGCGAACGAGCUGCCGUGGAUCUUCGGCCGCGGGAUCGGGAGCGCAACUCCAAACCCCGAAAGUCCCGAGUGCGAUGAGUCGAGCUUCUCGACGCAAGCCGACGCAGAGGAUGGCUCAGACCAACAGCGAGCCCCGAAACGUCGGAGGCUCGCUAGUCCGACGAGGGUGGACAACGGAACCGCACGAACGACGCACGAGCCGGCGGGCUUCGGCGGUGUCAUCGACGAGUCACGGCAUGCUUUGGAGCUGCGGCUGCUUUCGUAUUUGAUUGCCCAGUGGCCCGACAGCACAAUGUGGGAGUCGUCAAACCUUGUCGCUCCAGUUGGUCGAGAAAGCGCGGGCUCCGACGGAAAUACACUUCUUGGGAACGAUGAGGUCCCGCGCGCGAACACACCCAUAUUCCAACUCAACGCGGACGGCAAGGUAUCGCACCACUUGUGGGUGUAUGCGGCCACGGUCGGGCUGCUUCAAUUGAGGAAGGAGAGAGAUUCCGAGGAAGGGCGGAGGAAGGUGGUGGAAGAAGUCGAGAAUCGACCUUCGGACUAUAUCGGGAUGCUCCAACGCGCCGCCCAGAAACAGGUAGAGUUGGAAUGUGCUGUGGAAGAGCGCCAAGGGGCUAGCGAAGAGCAAGGGCUCACGGAGGACGAUCUGGCUAUCAACUUGGGUGGUGGUGCCUCCUCAUACGAACACGCUAUCGAAGCGGAGAUCAGCGACGAAUCGUUGUUGCACUUCUUGACUUUGAUUGCGCGUCAGGUGAUACGGCUCUGCGAGGACAGGAGACAUCAGAUGGCGUGCUCCUCCAGCCAAGAAGUGAACGAGCGGCUUGAUGCACUUCCCGCGGAUAUGAAGCGAACGCGCAUGGCAAUGACCGAGACACUCACGGAAUUGUCCAUGUUGGAGAGCUGCGAAUGUGCGUGGAAGGAGCUCGAAGAAAUAUGCGGAAGCACGUAA